ACCAGGGCACUAUAAAUAGAUAGCCAACCCUCACCGAGUGUACACAAAAACAAAACAAUAACCAUGAGAUCUUAUUAUUGCCUUAUUUUCUUGUAUGUUCACCUACUUUCAUCACAAAACUAUUUUGCUUUUGCUUCUGCCAGUUUAACUACUGAAGCGCAAGCACUUCUGAAAUGGAAAGCCAGCUUACAAAAUCAAACCCAGCUUAUCAACUCAUGGAUGUACCUUCCCAGUACAAAUAAUGCCACCAAUACUUCCAGCAAUCCCAAAGUAAUUGCAAACCCAUGCAUUUGGACCGGUAUCUCGUGCAAUGCUGCUGGAAGUGUCAACAGGAUAAACCUUACCAAUUCUGGUAUACAAGGUACGCUACAAGAAUUCUCAUUCUUGUCAUUCCCUAAUCUUGUGUAUCUAAACCUCAGCUCAAAUAAACUCUUCGAUGUCAUGCCACCUGGAAUUAGUUCCCUCUCCAAACUCAUUUAUCUUGAUCUAUCUAGAAAUCAAUUUUUUGGAAAAAUCCCGCAAGAAAUUGGUCUUCUAAGAAGUCUCACAACUCUCCAUCUCCACACAAAUAAUCUUUCUGGCACUAUUCCUAUGGAGAUAGGAAACCUGAAAUCAUUGGUGGAUUUACGGUUGAGCUACAAUCAACUCAGUGGUUCAAUUCCGACAACACUGGGUGAUCUGACCAACCUUGCCACUCUCUAUCUCGGUUCCAAUAAUCUUUCUGGCACUAUUCCUAUAGAGAUAGGAAACCUGAAAUCAUUGGUGGAUCUAGAUUUGGGCAUCAAUCAACUCAGUGGUUCAAUUCCGACAACAUUGGGUGAUUUGACCAACCUUAGCACUCUCUAUCUCCAUACCAAUAAUCUUUCUGGCCCUAUUCCUACGGAGAUAGGAAACUUGAAAUCAUUGGUGAAUCUAGCCUUGAGCACCAAUCAACUCAGUGGUUCAAUUCCGACAACACUGGGGGAUUUGACCAACCUUGCCACUCUCUAUCUCCAUACAAAUAAUCUUUCUGGCCCUAUUCCUACGGAGAUAGGAAACUUGAAAUCAUUGGUGAAUCUAGCCUUGAGCACCAAUCAACUCAGUGGUUCAAUUCCGACAACACUGGGGGAUCUGACCAACCUUGCCACUCUCUAUCUCCAUACAAAUAAUCUUUCUGGCCCUAUUCCUAUGGAGAUAGGAAACUUGAAAUCAUUGGUGAAUCUAGCCUUGAGCACCAAUCAACUCAGUGGUUCAAUUCCGACAACACUGGGGGAUCUGACCAACCUUGCCACUCUCUAUCUCUAUACAAAUAAUCUUUCUGGCCCUAUUCCGAUGGAGAUAGGAAACCUGAAAUCAUUGGUGGAUCUACAGUUGAGCACCAAUCAACUCAGUGGUUCAAUUCCGACAACACUGGGGGAUCUGACCAACCUUGCCACUCUCUAUCUCUAUACAAAUAAUCUUUCUGGCCCUAUUCCGAUGGAGAUAGGAAACCUGAAAUCAUUGGUGGAUCUAGGGUUGAGCACCAAUCAACUCAGUGGUUCAAUUCUGACAACACUGGGGGAUCUGACCAACCUUGCCACUCUCUAUCUCGAUACAAAUAAUCUUUCUGGCCCUAUUCCGAUGGAGAUAGGAAACCUGAAAUCAUUGGUGGAUCUACAGUUGAGCUCCAAUCAACUCAGUGGUUCAAUUCCGACAACACUGGGGGAUCUGACCAACCUUAUCACUCUCUAUCUUCAUACAAAUAAUCUUUCUGGCCCUAUUCCUAUGGAGAUAGGAAACCUAAAAUCAUUGGUGCAUCUAGACUUGUCUACCAAUCAACUCAGUGGUUCAAUUCCGACAACGCUGGGGGAUCUGACGAACCUUACCACUCUCUAUCUUUAUAGAAAUAAUCUUUCUGGCACUAUUCCUAUGGAGAUAGGAAACCUGAAAUCAUUGGUGGAUCUAUCGUUGAGCAUCAAUCAACUCAGUGGUUCAAUUCCGACAACACUGGGGGAUCUGACGAACCUUACCACUCUUUAUCUCCAUACAAAUAACCUCUCUGGCACCAUUCCGAAAGAGUUGGGAAAUAUCCAUGAGUUGACAGAAUUGAUAUUAUCUAAUAACCAAUUUUCGGGUUAUUUGCCACAGAACAUUUGCGGAAGUGGAUCACUCACAAACUUUUCAGUAGGCUCCAAUCAUUUGAGUGGUCCAAUCCCAAAAAGCUUUAAAACUUGCACGAGAUUAUUUAGAGUCCGUCUUCAAGGAAACCAAUUGACAGGCAACAUAUCUGAAGACUUUGGUGUUUAUCCGAGUUUGAAUUUUAUAGAUUUGAGCAACAAUCAACUUUAUGGUGAAAUCUCACCAAAUUGGGGAUUGUGCCCAAAUUUAAGAACCAUACUAAUAGCGGGAAACAACCUUACUGGUUCUAUACCAACUGAGAUUGGAAAUGCAACCCAAAUUCAUGAGCUUGAUCUUUCAUCAAAUGGUUUAGUGGGGGCAAUUCCAAAGGAGCUUGGAGGGUUAACGUCAAUGGUGAAGCUGAUGUUGGAUGGCAAUCAACUUUCAGGUGGUGUCCCUUCAGAGUUGAAAUCAUUGACUGAUCUAGAAUAUCUUGAUCUUUCAGCAAACGAAUUCAAUGAUUCAAUUCCAAGUUUUGUAGGUGACUUUCAAAAGUUACAUUACUUGAAUUUGAGCAACAACAAGUUCAGUCAAGCAAUUCCAUUCCAGUUGGCGAAGUUAAUUGAUCUGUCUCAGCUAGAUUUGAGUUUUAACGCAGUUGAAGGUCAGAUACCAUCAGAUGUUAGUAAUAUGCAGAGUCUGGAAAUACUUAAUAUAUCCCACAACAAUCUUUCUGGUUUCAUUCCAACAAGUUUUGAAGACUUGCGCGGGUUGUCGUAUGUAGACAUAUCCUACAAUGACUUGGAAGGUCCACUUCCCAACAACAAAGCAUUUCAAGCUGCUACUCAAGAAGCAUUGCAAGGGAACAAGGGCUUGUGUGGAAACGCACGAUUUUUGCAACCUUGCAAUAAACAAAGCCUAAAAAAGGACCAUAAACUCGUAUUUAUGAUAUUCUUCCCUUUUCUUGGAGCAUUUGCGCUUCUAGCCUUUAUAUUUGCAUUGGUAGCAAAAAGGAAAAAGAAGCAUCAGCAUGGAGAAACAACCAACAUGAAUGAAGCAAUUUCUUUUUCAACAUUAAAGUUUGAUGGAAGGACGAUGUUUGAGGAAAUCGUGAGGGCAACAGAAGAUUUUGAUCCCAUGUAUUGCAUAGGGCAAGGAGAACAGGGAAGUGUCUACAAAGCAACUUUGUCAUCGACUUACACAGUGGCUGUGAAGAAACUCGAUUUGCCAUGCGAUGAUGACAUGAAUCUUCACAAGGCGUUCUUGAAUGAAAUUAGGGCACUAAGUGAGAUGCGCCACCAAAAUAUUGUGAAGCUUUAUGGUUUCUGUUCACAUAGACUACACUCAUUUUUGGUGUAUGAUUAUCUGGAAAUGGGUAGUUUAGCCACAAUGUUGAGCAAAGAUGAGGAAGCCAAAGAACUGGGGUGGAGUAAAAGGGCGAAAAUAGUUAAAGGUGUAGCUCAUGCCUUGUGUUACAUGCAUCACGAUUGUUCGCCACCGAUUGUGCAUCGGGACAUAUCGAGCAAGAAUAUUUUGCUGGAUGAUGAGUAUGAGGCUUGUGUCUCAGACUUUGGCACUGCUAAAUUCUUAAACCCAGACUCAGCUAAUUGGAGCGCCCUUGCAGGCACAUAUGGAUAUGUUGCACCAGAGCUUGCUUAUACGAUGGAAGUGAAUGAGAAGUGUGAUGUUUAUAGCUUUGGAGUGGUGACAUUGGAGACGGUUAUGGUUAUAGCUUUGAAGGUAGCAUUUGCGUGCCUGAAUUCCAGUCCUCAAUAUCGUCCAACAAUGAAGCAAGUUUCUCAACACCUCUCAACUAAAAGACUGCAUUCGUCAGAUCCAAUAGCUAUGAUAACAUGCGGUGAAUUGCUUGCUUGUAAUGGUUUCACUGCCUCAUGAAUUUUGAAUCAACAAUGUGCUUCUCCAAUUCUUGCUCUCUAGAUUCUUCUACUUCAUCAUCCUCAGAUUCCUUUGCUCCCUGCACCACCUAAUCAGCUCCAUUCCUCCCCCAAUUCCAGGUUCCAAUGGCGUAUUUCCAGAACGAUGACCUCGAGUACGUCGUCAACGACUACAAUGGUGACGUCGUUGAGUUUAAGGAAGACAACGACGCUCUUACUGAUAACCAUCCCUGCCGAAGCCUCGAGGUCGUAGACGACGACGACUUUGAAGACGACCUUGAUUCGGUGAAGAGUGAUACAUCGGCUUUGGAAGCUAGAAAUGGAAAAGACAUACAGGGAAUACCCUAAACACCCUUAAUUUCACCAGAGAUAAGUACCGUGAGGCAAGAUUGAAGCAGUAUAAGAACUAUGAGAGCCUCGGUCGGCCUCGCCAAGACCUCGAGAAGGAGUGCUUGCAAGUGGAGAAGGGGAAGAGUUCUUAUGACUUCCACUACAACACAAGGCUUGUCAGGUCCACAAUUGUGCAUUUUCAGGUCUUAUAAAAAAAAAUUGUUAUAUCCUUUGUGAUGGAUAUCUUAAUUUAUGAUUAUGCUUCUAUGCCUCGAUCAUUCACCGGAAGUUAUGGAGUUCAUCAAAAUUCUGUCUUUGUUGGGCACGUUUAUAGAUCUUGCAUAAAUCUAAGAUGUAACCAAUCUACCUACCUAAACUGUAGGUGAAGGGUGACCAUCAUGACAUAACUUAUCAUUCAUGUGUUGGAAUUUUAUUGUUGCUGAACUUAAUAAGAAAACCUAAGAAUUAUAUUUUUCGGCAAACAUUAGGUUUGUGUUUUCUGAAAACAGAAUCACCUAAUCAAAUCUGUAUAAUAUAUAUAUUAGUCCCCCCCCCCUUCUAUGAUCUAUUGAUUGGAAAUAAGGAUUUCUUGUUGGGAGGGCAUUUUGCCUGCAGUGUAGUUUUUGGACAUUUGAAAAAGUUGAUUGCUCCUGAAAUUCUAGUUUUAGAUGCAUGUCACAUAAAUAUGCUUUUGUGCACUGACAUAGGCAUAGAAUGUUUGAACUGUGAUGGCCACAUAAUGGCAUCAAGCUGGGGUGUAUCCACUGCAUCUAUCUGGUAGAUGUGUGAAGGCUGCCCUUCAUGCCAUUUCUUUUAGUCACUCACUGUUACUGUUUACUUCUGUAACUGGUCCUUGAGUUUUGCUUCUGCUUGUAAUUAUAUUGUUUCUGCUGUCUCUUAAAUAUAAUUAUAUUGCUUUUAGGAUUACUAUUGCUCUCUUUAUUUCAGCUUUUAAGCAGGGUGGAGUUAGAGCUGCUGGCGCGACUUUGGUUAUAUGGGAUGAUAGGAGAAUAUCUGAGCAUUUAAGAGACCUCUGUAGCAACUAAGAAAUUUGUUAUGGGCCACAUCAAAGCAUGAUGCAUACCUGAUGCAGAAGUAAUGCGUUGGAAAUUUUUGCACUGGAGAGGCACCGAAGUACUCAAUGUGGCUACACCAAUUGUACCUACUGAGAAACGACCUGGGUUGUUGGCACGACCACUCUCUAGUGCAAAUAAGCACUAUGGCUGUCAAGAAAAAUUUGUUGGUUGCUGGGGGCUUCCAAGGUGAACUAAUCUGCAAGCACAUGAAACAACCUGGAGUUGCUUUCUGCUCAAAACUAACAACAGAUGAGAAUGCCAUCACUAAUGCAGUGGAUAUUUUCCGAAACCCAACUGGUUCAAUGAGGGUAAUGACUGCAAAUAAUGAUGCUUAAGUUGUUUUUGACAUCGAAAAGUUCGCUUGCUUCAAUCGCUUCUCCUUUUAAGUGGUAUGUAAAUAACACCUCUGUUAGUCCCGAUGGUAAGCUACUCGCUUGGUGAUAGUGCAGACUGUUUUAUUGCUGAUGCUCAGUCUGGAAAAGCUGUCGGUGGCCUCAAAGGGCACUCACACUAUUGCUUUUCCUCAGCUUGGCACCCGGAUGGAUGAA